GUAAACCCCGCCUAUUUUUACUAUUGCUCUUCUUAAAAUCUGAUUUUAAACCUAACCUUAACCUCACUGCUAACCGUAUUCCUAACCCCAAACAUAAAUAAAACCCAAAAAGCACAUUUUUGUUUUCCUUUUUUUCUCUCUCGACAUAGCCAAUUUGGACUUUGUGGCUGUGCUAUCUAAUGAAAACACCCCUGCUGAACAACAUACAUACCAUCAGACCAUCCUUUCCUCUCAUUAGCUUGUUAGCCUAUCUCACAAGACAAGCGAUUCAAAUGCGAUGUAACUUUACUUUCACAACCUUUGGAUCAAGAAGUAACCUAGUGUUUUGAUGUUCAAUUCCACGUCUGGUUUGAAUAAAUCACAUCGUACAGCGAGUUAGCUAGCUAAAGCUCUGGUGGAAGAAGACUUGAGAGAGUCCUAUGCUGGACAGGACCUUUGGCUACCUACCAAAGCAGCAUCUGUUCACUUCCACAGACAGACACACAGAAGGAUAAAAAUGCCCCUUGGAUUGGGUAGAAGAAAGAAAGCGUCUCCACUAGUGGAGAACGAGGAAGCCGAGCCGAUCCGAGCGGGCCUUAAUGUCCCAGGAAUGGACGGCCUCGGUGGAGGUGGUGUGGGGCUCGGGGAGGGUACUACCCAGGAGGGUCUGCCACCCCCACCCACCAGCCUGAGACCUCGUCUGAUCUUCCACACCCAGCUAGCACAUGGUAGCCCCACGGGACGCAUCGAGGGGUUCAGCAACGUGCGAGAGCUCUACACCAAGAUCGGAGAGGCCUUUGGGAUCGCACCACCAGAGGUGAUGUUCUGCACUCUGAACACUCACAAGGUGGACAUGGAUAAGUUACUGGGGGGUCAGAUUGGGCUGGAGGACUUUAUUUUCGCCCAUAUCAAAGGCCAGAGGAAGGAGGUGGAGGUGUUCAAGGGGGAGGACGCCCUGGGGUUGACCAUCACCGAUAAUGGAGCUGGAUACGCCUUCAUCAAGAGAAUAAGGGAGGGUAGCGUGGUCCAUCAGAUCCAGGUCAUCAACGUGGGAGACAUGAUUGAGUCCAUCAACGGCCACAGUCUCAUUGGCUGUCGACACUACGAGGUGGCCAAGAUGCUCAAGGAGCUGCCCAAGGGGAAGGACUUUGUUCUCAAGAUGGUGGAGCCCUUGAAAGCCUUCGACAUGAUCAGCCAGAGGUCAGGAGGGGCCCGGGCUGGCUCAGGAACCCAGCUGGGGACAGGGAAGGGCACCCUGCGUUUACGCUCCAAAGGCCCAGCCACUGUGGAGGAGCUGCCCUCUGCGUUUGAGGAGAAGGCCAUAGAGAAAGUGGAUGACCUCCUGGAGAGUUACAUGGGCAUCAGAGACAGUGAGCUGGCUGCUACAAUGGUGGAGCUGGGGAAGGACAAAAAGAACCCAGAUGAGUUUGCCGAGGCAUUGGACGAGACUCUUGGUGACUUCGCCUUCCCGGAUGAAUUUGUUUUUGACGUCUGGGGUGCCAUCGGGGACGCCAAGGUCGGCCGGCUGUAACCGGAGGGAGCAGGGGCACAACCUGUGUGUGGUUUUGAAUGCUGAGGCACCAACCUGCAACAAACAGAACUGCUAGGAAACACCACACUACCAUCAUGUGAUUUACUUAUUGUUUUCUGUGUACUUAUUAUUUUUUACGUGGAGUUAAUUACUCUUGUUGGGAUACUUUUGCGAGAGACUCUUUAGGAAGAUAGAGACAGUGUAUGGGAGAGGAUAGAGGACUCUGAUCACUAGCUCUGAUCACUCGAUCAGGCUGAAAAUACUCUCAUCAGACUCAAGACUAUUGAAUGCAAUACGUGGAGGUUAUUGUUUUCAAACAGCAAGUGCUUUUCAAUUUUCUUCCAGGUCUUGUGGUUGUGGACACACCUCCUGACCUUGAACACGUCACAUGUUAACUCCCAGGUCUUUGUUCCACUAGUCCUCUGAGGAACAAUCCCGAGAACAACAAGUGGGAGAAGUGAGGGACCACGGCUUACAUACACCUACCUUUUGAAGUUUGAGUUCAAACAAACUGUGAUGUUUUCCACCCACUUUGCACUGUUGCACUGCACUGUAGAAAAUAUAAGAAACGUGCAUUGUACUUCACUGGAGCAGUCACUCACUACAUAGCACUGGUGCAUAGAACUGGACUACAGAAUGUGUGUUCAGAGAGGGGCGUAUUGAGACGCUCAGGCCCAGAAUGUUCUGGUCAAAUUGCAUGGUCAGAAAAGACAUCUUAUUAGCACGUGCUAUUAUUGUUUGUUUCCUCGUUGUGAGUUCUUUUGGUUUUAUGUGCCGUUGAGUGUCACUAUUGAAGGAGUGUUUUGGCUGCUGAAGGUUUACAAUGCGUAGGCUGUCACUACAAAAUUAGCUGCAGCUUUUUCUAUGGUUCAAACUACAAUCACUAUCAGUUUUUCUGAAGUGAAUAAGGUAUAGAAACAAGCUACACUUUACAUGCAGCACAUCCCAGUCUGGUAACAAAGAUAGUCUGAUUGGUUAAUACUUAAAUGGUCUCCUUUGCCAGGGAAACUCCAGUAUUAAGAAAAGCAGUGUUAUAUUACAGUAUUACAAGAAUACUCAAUUUGAAGUACUUGUUUAAAAACUAUUGUCUUAUUGGUAGACUGAGCCUUUAAUUAUUAUUUUUUAAGAAUGUUUUUGUAGGAUUUUUUCAAGGAGUGGUGUUUUAAAUGAAAAUGGAGUUGUGUAACUGAUGAGGAAUUUCCUCUGUUUUAAUUGAGUUGGUAAAAAUGAAAACUGAUAUCCAUGCCAAAAGCGUUGGCAUUUCCAAUAGACAGCAUUUUUUUAGGGACCAGACAGUCUCAACAUGAAGGAGCCAAAUAGUUAUGCACAUAAGUCAUGGAGCGGUCAAGUAAUGAAAGAAAAAUGCACCAUUAUGCAAUUCUGCAAUGAAAUGAAGGACCAAGUCCAACACUGUUACUUUAGGAAAGAACCUGGACACUACCAUAGGAACAGAAUGAUGUCAUUAUCAAACCAAACUAAUUUCUGCAAAGUCAUCUUGGCUUUUAGUGACUUCUUAAUAGAUGAAUAAAAAAACAAAAACAUGCAAUAUGGGUCAAAGUUCCAAGAUAUAGAAAAUAAUUACUCAACAUAGAAAAUAUUUCUUUUCAUAACUUUAUGGAGUUGUAUCUUUUCCAUAGUCUAUCUCUGAAUGAACAACAUAUUUUUGUAGUAAGUUGUUUUUCUGUCUUUCAAUGCUGUUGAAGUAUAUCUAGAUGGUUACUGUCAUAAAAUACUGAUAAUAGCCACUGUAAUCCUGAGGACAUUGUUUUGUUAUGGCUUUCUAUUACAAGGUCUGAUUUAAAUGGCAAUAAUAAUGACAAAGAUGAUGAAA